AUCUCUUAAACUUUACUUCAAGUACCAGCCUGUGUGUUUCUGUUUUUUGUCUGGAGCAUGUGAACAGAAUGCAUGUGUGUGAGAUAAUUGGGCUUUCACUAAUGGCCCCCUUUUAGCAGCCAUGUAUGGAUAAAGCUGUUCAGUUCUCUGCUCCUCCCUCUGAGCAUGGAGCAGAAUCUGUUCUGCUGAAGCUGCUGUUCCACUUUUCAGCUUUCUAUAUUUGUACAGCAACAGCAGGAGCGGCCCACUAGCUAGGCCUUGCGGCUGCCCUGCAUACCCACACUGGCUCAGACCUGCUCAGGACUCAGCCAGGGCUUGCAGUUUGUGUUCUUACUUGCAUCCAUCUGUCUGUCUGUGUACGUUUUUGUGGAGGACUGAGGUUUUCAAGUGAAAGAGAGUGAAGACGUAGUCCAGAAAGGGAGGUGUAAAGCUACAGCUCAAAGAAAAUGAACGGCACCCUGGACCACCCAGACCAACCAGAUCUUGAUGCUAUCAAGAUGUUUGUGGGCCAGGUUCCAAGGACCUGGUCUGAGAAGGACUUGCGGGAGCUCUUCGAACAGUAUGGUGCUGUCUAUGAAAUCAAUGUCCUAAGGGAUAGGAGCCAAAACCCUCCUCAGAGCAAAGGGUGCUGUUUUGUUACAUUUUACACGCGUAAAGCUGCAUUAGAAGCGCAGAAUGCUCUUCACAACAUGAAGGUCCUUCCAGGGAUGCAUCAUCCUAUACAAAUGAAACCUGCUGACAGUGAGAAGAACAAUGCAGUGGAAGACAGGAAGCUGUUUAUUGGUAUGAUUUCCAAGAAGUGCACUGAAAAUGACAUCCGAGUCAUGUUCUCUUCGUUUGGACAGAUUGAAGAGUGCCGGAUAUUGCGGGGACCUGAUGGCCUGAGCAGAGGUUGUGCAUUUGUGACUUUUACAACAAGAGCCAUGGCACAGACAGCUAUCAAGGCAAUGCACCAAGCACAGACUAUGGAGGGUUGUUCAUCACCUAUGGUGGUAAAAUUUGCUGACACACAGAAGGACAAAGAACAGAAGAGAAUGGCCCAACAGCUCCAGCAACAGAUGCAGCAAAUCAGUGCAGCAUCUGUGUGGGGAAACCUUGCUGGUCUAAAUACUCUUGGACCCCAGUAUUUAGCACUUUAUUUGCAGCUCCUUCAGCAGACUGCCUCCUCUGGGAACCUCAGCACCUUGAGCAGCCUCCACCCGAUGGGAGGGUUAAAUGCAAUGCAGUUGCAGAAUUUGGCUGCACUAGCUGCUGCAGCUAGUGCAGCUCAGAACACACCAAGUGGUACCAAUGCUCUCACUACAUCCAGCAGUCCACUCAGCGUGCUCACCAGUUCAGCAGGGUCCUCACCUAGCUCCAGCAGCAGUAACUCUGUUAACCCCAUAGCCUCACUCGGAGCACUGCAGACAUUAGCUGGAGCAACAGCUGGCCUCAACGUUGGCUCUUUGGCAGGGAUGGCUGCUUUAAACGGUGGCCUGGGUAGCAGUGGCCUUUCCAAUGGCACGGGGAGCACCAUGGAGGCCCUCACUCAGGCCUAUUCGGGUAUCCAGCAAUAUGCUGCUGCAGCGCUUCCCACUCUGUACAACCAGAAUCUGUUAACACAGCAGAGUAUUGGUGCUGCUGGAAGCCAGAAGGAAGGUCCAGAGGGAGCCAACCUGUUCAUCUACCACCUGCCCCAGGAAUUCGGAGAUCAGGACCUGCUGCAGAUGUUUAUGCCCUUUGGGAAUGUCGUGUCUGCCAAGGUUUUUAUAGACAAGCAGACAAACCUGAGCAAGUGUUUCGGUUUUGUAAGUUACGACAAUCCUGUUUCGGCUCAAGCUGCCAUCCAGUCCAUGAAUGGCUUUCAGAUUGGCAUGAAGCGGCUUAAAGUGCAGCUCAAACGUUCGAAGAAUGACAGCAAGCCCUACUGAGUGUGCUCCCCUCUGAGACUGGAGUGAGAGGGUCUUCUGGUAAGUGGGGGAGGAGCAUCCUUAAUGAUUCGAAGCCCUAAGGCUGUGUGUUGACAGCCCUGGACCCUGAUCCCUGCCACUCUCGCAGGCACAGCUUGCCCUGAAGACUCAGCUACUGCCUUCUGUGGGAGUUUCGCUUCGUACAGAGGACAAGUUUGUGCUUUGGUUUCCAGUGUUUUACUUUGGAGUUUAGGUGCCAUAUCCUGAGUUGUUUUUUUUUUUUUUUUUUUCUCUUUAUUUAAAGUUUGCUGUGUUUGUAACCAGUGUGUGUUGAGAAGGACCAACACCAAACCAUCCUGGGAAAGGGAAAACAUUUUAAAAAGAUAAUGAUCAGAAUUUGCCCCAGACAACCCCAAGAGGGAGAACUGAGUGGAACAAAAAAACUGACCCCCAGAAUCUCCCUGAGUGCAAGGGUGGGUAAAAGGGGAACUGACAUAAGAGCUGUGGUGGGGGCAGUGGGUGGGGAUGGCUUUGGAGGAGAGUGGGAUUGACUAGACAGCUAAUGCCCAGGCAGGAGGAGGCUUAAACCCCUGCAUAGCUGCCUUCUGGGGAAGUAGUGAGUUUUACCACCUAUUUUUCAGGUUCUUAUCCUGGAUUUCUCCCCUCUUUCCUAAAAGGGGAUUAAUAGUUCUGUGGAAAUCACCUGUUAAAUUAGUCUGUCAUGCAAAAAGCAGAGAGAUUUCUCCCAUUAUCAGCUUUCCCAGGCAGCCAUUGGCAUUGGAUCAGCUCUGCUUGAUUGGAGGCUGUUUGGGAGGAACAGCCACAGAGGUCGUUUUUAGUUUAUUUUGACACCAAAUAAGACUGCGACCUAUUUCCAACAGGUCUCUUUUUAAAAGGCCUCUAAGGGAAGACAUUGCCUAGGGUUUUUCCUUGCAGCUCACCACAGUAAAGAACAUCACCUCCAUCUCAAGGCACGGUUUUCUCAUGAGUGCAGAUCCAAGAAGGAUCUUGCACUUCUAGCUGGAGAGGGUACCCACUCUGGGCAGAAGGAUCAAAAGCCAUCUAGGUAGGGGAAGAGGAGCCUGCUGCUUUGUCCCUGAAUCAGAAGGUUCCUUCAAGUCAGCAUGCUGCAUUUGCCAGUGGCCAGAACUUAGUACUUACAAGGAUUCAGAAAUCCACCUUUUGCCUCUUUGAUUGAAAUAUCCCAAAUGUAGUAUCCCACAGAGGCCUGGCAGGCCCAUCCUCUAACCACUCCAGCCCCGUCUUCUGCUCUUGGGGACAGAGGAGACAACAGGACGUUUACAGCCGCCAUGUGGAUUUAGUGUUCAUUUACCUCAGUAUUACUGUGUUCAUUUUUGUCCUCGUGCUACAGUUAGCUCCCUGCUGCCUCCCACAGGUCUCACUCCAGCUCUUGCCUGUGACCCACACAGCCUCUGGGCUCUGCCUCUGCUCCAAGAAGUGCUAUGGGGGUGGAGAGCCAGGAAGGACGUGCUGUUUGGGAAGUACCCGUGGGCAGAGGUAGCCCUGUUUGGAUAUGACUAUAGCCAUGGCCAGGGACUGGGUCCCUGAGUCCGUGGAACCUUAGACCUCACAAAUAUCUGUCCUGACCCCUAGCAGCAAAGAUAGAAUAAAGGGGUUUGGUUUGCUGUCAAGUCAGAUUGGGGGCUCUUUCCUUGUCAUGUCCCUAUGGAUAACAGACAAGGAUUGACCGUCUUGCUGUUGUUCAGGUAGUUGGCGGUGUUGGAUUAUCCCAUUGAAGCUGGGACAACUGUUCCCUUCUCAUAGUGAUAACUUGGGUCUGUUGUCCUCUAAGAAACGUGAAACAUAACACUUCUUAAGCUGAACCACGUAAACUUGAAUUCUGCGCACUGGGAGAAAUGUGUCCUGUGUUUCAAAGGAUAAAACUGUUCUAAAGGCUUCCAGGGUCAUGAUGGGAUUUUUUAAAUAAAUGCAAAAAAUAAAAAGAAAAAAGAAAACAAAAAAAAAAAAAAAAGAAAAAAAAUGCUAGGUUGGGGAGGCACUGUUCUGAAUCCCAACCUGCUGGAACCAAGAAUGUCGUUUCUAUUUUUAUAGAAGUUUUAUACAGCUCCGGGGUGGAGAAUAUUUAUAACCUAAAUUAUAUCUCUGGAAAAGGCCAGGAUUUUGUAGAAUCCAGAAUGUGAUUGUUGUACACACAGGGUGCUGUGUAUGAUUGAAACUACUGACUUACUGUGGCCCGUUUGCAGCCCAGCUAACCUGCCUGAGGGGAAGGCAUUAAUGCUGUGAAUUGGCAGAGGAGAGAGCUGUGCUCCACAGGGUGCUGCCGGCAGUGCUCCCUGACAUUUUGUUCUGUCUUCCUCCCUGGCCAGAACUCCAGCCUCUUCCCACUUCCCCUUUUCUCAUUCCCCUCCCCUAUUUCACCAUUAUAUGUCCAUGGAUUGUCCUGGGCUCUGGGACCUUAUGAGACCCCUUUCCUAAUGACAUAAGAGACAAAGUUGCAAUCCAUCUGCCUUUGAAACCAGACCCUGAGGCACCAUACCUGCUGGUAGGUUCUCUUUUUCUGAAAGGAGUGCUUGCUGCAACAGAGUCCUGGGCUGCUUAUGCACACAGCUGGUAGGACCAUGCACUUCUCUGUUCUCCCCUUCCCCUGUCCAGUACAUUAACACAGCAGCAGCACUACCCUUGAGCACAGUUCUCUCCCCAGGCCAAAGAUGGUUUUGUGAAGAAGCUGCUCCCCUGUAAGUCUCACAUGUGAAAGGGCUCAGCUUGGAGAGUGGAGACUCGCAGUCAAGUCUUAAGCAAUCCUUAUCUGUUGUGUGGAGGUUUCACUUACAAUGUGUUUUCUGCUGUAGUUUUGUUUCUUAUUGGGUUACAUCAUGAAAUUGAUUUGCCUUGAAUGCAGCCAGACCACUGUCUCUUGGGUUCCACAUGAGUGGCCAGGGCCUGCAUGGAAGCUAAGAGCUUGGAUUUCUGGGAACUCAGGGCCAUCCCCACAGGAUUAAGCAGAAAUCUUGGCCCUCUCUCUCCCCUAAAGAAUUUUCCCGCCCCAGACAGCAUCUUCUGCUUUCUCCCUGGAUGUUGGCCAGGGAGUGGGGAGAGAGACCAACGCCCAGCUGCUCCCCUAGAGACCUCCUCUUGUGAGUUGGGCAGUUCAUGGGAAAUCCAAGCCUUAGGUUCCCUUCCUUCUGGCAGUUGGAUGUGUUCUUGGUGUCCUCCAUGUCCUUUUUGACUUUACCCUGUGUCCAUUGUUAGCAUGUGCAAAAGUUCCCUGUCAUUACCAGCCCCUGCCCCGCCCCACCUCCUCAUUUCAGGGCUGUACACACAGUGAGUGUUCCUGUUCUCUCUCUCUUUGUUUGGAUGUAUUGCUCUGUGUAACUCAGUGGGUCUCCCUCUUUCUGGUUUGUUUUUUUUUCUAGAUUCCUGCCGUUUGUUCAUCGUUGUGCCUAAAGCAUGUCGAUGUGGCGUCAAGUACAUCGUCCAAAUCCCUGUCUCUUCAGCUUCUCUGAUGCUUGAACUCUCACCUUUGACCUUGUGUUGACUUUUGAUGCUGACGUGUAUUUUUAUUAUGUUUGUUUCUUUCUUUGUUUUUUCUUUUUUUUUCUUUCCUUUUUUUUUUCCCUUUUGUGCUGCCAAAUUGGUUUUGCUAGAACGACUGCUGAAGGGGAAAUAUUUAAACUUGCAUUUGAAUAUAAAAAAUAUCUAUUUUUCUAGAACUUCAUAAGAUAACCACUUGAUUUUGUGAUUCCAAUUCUUUGUAAUUGUCUUCAGAGCAGCCCUACUAGCACAUACCGCGUGGUGUUUGUAUUUCUGUGAACACACAGCCAGUCCGUUUCUAGGCUUUGUUUCUCUGUGUGCUUAGUUUUAAAGACAACUUUGAAGUAAACAAUGAAAUAAAAGAUGUCACUAAAACCUUGGAGGCUCCUGAGCACAUUUUGCUGAUAUAGUUUGCGGGGCUUGAGGAGACCGCAUGUGUUGAUCUUAUUUUUGUUUUUCUGAGUUCUCAACUGCAGAAAGCACCUGAACCCCCUUUCCUUUUUGACUGCAGGCUGCAGUUUGGGCCCCAGCCAGCCCUUUCUCUUUCUCUUUUUCUUUUGUGGUUCUUCCCUGGAGCAACUAUGCAGGGAGCCUUGGAUCCCAAUUGCCCAUUCCCCUCAGCCCCAUGCUUGUUCCUACAGUCUCCACAGCAAAAUGUGAUGCUUUGAUUUUUUUUUUUGGUUUGUUUGUUUUUUUAUUGUUUUUGUGUUUUUGUUUUGAAUUUUUUCCUUUCCUCCUAAGAUUAUGCCCAGAAAAAAACAAGUUUUGCAUGUUUCCUGCUGUUUCUUCACACCUUCGUAUAUAUCACCUUCACCUCUCUGUUUUCUAUAGUUUGUGCAAAAACUGACCGAUUUAAAAGGGUUUCAAAGAAGCUGUUUUUAAAUUGUUGUGGGGUUGAUUUUUUUUUUUUCAAGAUUGUAUUGUUUUAUUUUGAAGUGGCAACUUUCUCCUCUAUUGCCCUUAGAGCGUUGCCUGUGCACUUAGACUGUCACCUUUUGUGGCCUCCAGGUCUCAGUGGGGCAUCCAGGAGGCUGGCUACUCUGCUCAGAGGGAUGGGGAGGGGGCCUGGAGGGGCACAAUUAGCAGAGAAGGUGGCUACGGGUGGGCAAGAGGCUUACUUAGCGCAUUAGGUGCAGUGGGCACCCAUAGAAGGAGGUGCUCAUAACCACCCAUAAGAGGCCAUCUGCGUACUAGUGGCAAUGUACCUGCCGUUGCUUUUCCUAGGUGACAAGCACAAUACUACAGUCUUCACACUGUUUACAGCCCUGGGCACCAGCCACCCCACACUGGCUCUUCACCACAGCUCUGCUCUUGCUUAGCUAAUAGGGUGGGGGGAAGGGCAGGAAUUUGUUUUUUAAAUUGGGUGAAGAGCCAAACAGCUACUGUCCCUGGGUGCCAGGAAAGCCAGUUUUUUGGUUCCCUGAGAGGAACUGACCCUCUUCCCUUGUGGCACCAACCAGCCUCAGGGUCUUGGAGACUUGAGUAAGAAUGUGAACGGAGGGGGAGGGGAGGAGGUGAGAGGUCACAGGAGGGAUCUGUGGAGGGAAGAGUUUGUAGGGGGAGAUGUAGAUCCCGCCCAGCCCAGAGCUGUUGGUGGGUUGGGAGCUGGAGAAUAGGACUGUCCAGCAAAGGAUGGAGAGGUAUAGCGAGGGGCUGGGGGGGUGGGGGUGGGGAUUAGAAGCACUGUGGAGCAGCGUCCAUGCUGGGGUCUGUGAAGGAAGAGGGCCUGUCAGAAUUUCUGCUCUGGGGCCCGGCGAGUUGCCCAGUAUUAUGCUUGAGGCUGCUCUCAUUAGGAGGGAAGAGCAGCCAAGUACUGGCCCAGUGUAUGGUAGGCUGCCGAAUUUCCUGGAAGGGGUGAUUGGAUGGAAAGUGGCCAGAAACCCCAGCCUGAGAGACUGCUGUGUGCCCCACAGUCUGACUGCACAGAGCCGCCUCUGUUGGCAGGAGGCGCUGAGGCUCCCCUUCCUGUGUAUUGAGAAGCCGUGUUUGCCAAUAUGUUUUGCUUUCAAUUCCAAGAGGAGCUCUGGGAAAACCUGUGGAUAAAACCAAAUGCCAAAUGUUGGACGUUGUUUCCUUUUUCUUUUCUCUCUCUGAUCGUUUUAAUUGUUCUGUGGUGGUUUUAAUGGAUUUGAGACCCUGGAGUGGCAGCUGCCUUUCUAAUUUCCAGCUGCUUUUUGUGAAUAAUUUAAAAAGAAAAAAAAAAGAUACUUUACAUUUUGGAGACAAACCUGUGUGAGUUUUUUAUUGGUACAAACGUUGUAUUUAACACUAGGGGUUUUGUACAGUUUUUUGCCUUUUCUACUAGAAAACAAUGUAAAGUGAUUUCACAAUGUGAAGAGAAAAAAAAAAUUGCCACUAUGACCAAACGCACAGUCUGUUCUGCAGCAACAACGGGAUUCAAUCAACUCAAAGUCGUGAUUCAGCCGUAGAAAUGCUUUUCCUUUACCUUGUUUGAGCUUUUCCUUUCUUUCCUGUUUUGAUUUGCAAAAGGAAAUGUCUUUUUUGUGUGAACUUGUGUUGUACUCUGUAGAAAAUUAUGGAUUUUACUUUAAUGGUUUAAAAAAAAAAAAAAGGGCAGAAAAGCCCUUGUUGCUUUUCUUACCUAAUCACAGAGUUUGUGUAGUGGAUUAAAAAAGAAAAAAAAAUGUUACAAGUUUGGAGCAAGGGAGUAUGUGUUUAAAAGGAAUCUUUCCCUUUUUUGUGUGUUUUUCCUUUUGUCCCAAUGGGGAACCUAAAUCUGUUUUAAUUGCACAGACACACGGACAAAAAGUCAUUUUGUAUCUGCCAAGUGUGGUACCUUCCUUUGUUUAUUUGCUAUUAAACUGUUUGAGAAGAA